AUGAAUUUCUUUGGACACAAGUCUCAAGUCCUCGGCCCAGCUUGCAGCCCAAACAUUCUCAACAUCGUGACUCUCCCCAAGAAUGAGGGCACUGUGGCCACGCCUCCAGGUAUCCCAGACCCAGAAGCCUUGAACUGCACGCUCAAACAGAGCUCCUUCCAGCGCAAGGCCAAAGACAUUGUCAGAGUCGGCCGCGGAUGCGCAGAGCAGCUUGACAUAUCAUUCCAGCGCACCAUUAGAGUUUCUGAUGGCGAAGGGGACUCUGAACUCCCACCAGGCAUGGGGAGCUUUCCCCUCUACUCGGUCGCCAACUACGCAAAGGAAUUGCCCAAAGGCAUUGCGGCGAAAGGCGGCCUUUUCCUUCCCAUGUAUUACCGUCCAAAGCGUGAGGCGAUGUGGAUCUCAAUCAAAUCCAAAACACCUUUUCCCAUCCGGAUCUUUGUUGGAGGCGUGAAUGCUAUUUCUGGCGAGCCUACUGGCGACAACGAAGCCAUCAUGAUGCGUCGUCUCAGCUUCAUGGAAAAGAAGAAGUCCAUCAGAUAUUACAUUGUCACACCAAAGCAGCAUUGGCUUGACGGUAUCGCUACCGACAUGUGA